AUGGAAACAGUGUACAAUAAUAUCGUAAGACAAUCAGAGAAAGAAACCAAUAAAGAUGUUACAAUCGAUGAGAAAGAUGGUAGCUUCAGCGUAAUCUUUAACAAUGCACUACCUAAAGUUCUCAGCAGAGAAUACAAAGAAAAGUUGGUCUAUACGUCAUCGAUGAGAGAUCCAAUUCAAGAACCACCUUCCUCACAAGACCAAAGAAAGAUGUUACCUCUAAGGCAUUCUUGCUCAGAGGAACAACUCCAAUUUAAGAAAUCAAUCAAUCAUAUCAAUCAAAUCAACAUGUUUAAAACAGAGUAUUAUGUACUGAUAUUAGGUUUAGAUGGUGCUGGUAAAACUACAUUACUAGAAGAGAUUAAAACGAAAUAUACAAAGACACCUGGUUUACCUCCACAAUCAAUCAUACCAACUGUUGGUUUAAAUAUUGGAAGAAUCAUUAUUGAUAAUGUUAAAUUGAUAUUUUGGGAUUUGGGUGGUCAAAUCGAUCUUCGAACCAUUUGGGAUAAAUAUUAUACGAGUAUACACGCAGUCAUCUACGUGGUAGACUCUGCAGAUCUAGAGAGACUAGACGAGUCAAAGACAGAGCUAGAAAGAAUCAUUUCACAUCACGAUCUCAAAGAUGUACCGCUACUCUUAUUUUUCAACAAACAAGACUUACCAGAUGCACAGAGGAUAGAUAUACUCUCUACUAUGUUUAAAUCCGUUACCAACAACAUGAAAGACAACACUGAUGUUUCAAGAAAUAUACAACUUCAACCUUUAAUUGCACAUACAGGACAAGGAUUAAAUGAAGGAUUGUCAUGGUUAGUUGAUAAUUUGAAAAAGAAUGCAAGAGCAGUUGAAUUAGAUCCAACAUAA